CUGUCAAUGUCAUCUGGGAUUUGAAAUUUCAUUUCAUUUCGUGGAGUGGAUUUUAAUGAGGUUAUUUACUAAUUCUAAUCGUUUUUUAAUUUACACUCUUUUAAUGAAUUUGGAAAAAUCUUGGUGGUGAAGUCUAGAAGAUUUGAAGUUAAGGUUUGUUUAAAUACCACAAUAUGGAGUCCACGGAAUUUGAUGCCGCCCUAGGAGGAACAGAAAACCUGCCUCAUUCAGCGAACAGUUUGAAGUUCGCCGCUUCUAGAAGUAUAGAAAUUGCAGCAAUGACAGAAAGUAUCCUUCACCCAAAUAAAACUAAGCUAAUAUUCCAAAAAUUACCUGUACAUAUGCGACGAAGAGUCAUGAGCCACAACUGUAAACGUCUACCGCGCCGGUUGCGCGAAGCUCACUUGAAGCAGCUUAAAAAAAGCGGCCUGCCUCCAAAACAGAAGCGUCCUUCACGUAAAUAUAGACGACGAGCUACAAACUUGUUAGAUGAGUACAACAGGCGACAAAGGAGGCAUGUUUGGUUAGAAACGCACAUCUGGCAUGCAAAGAGGUUUCACAUGAUCGAACGGUGGGGACAUCGUAUUGCGUACAGGCCGUGCGACAAAGCUUUCAGAGCGUGUUACAGAGCCAGCUCAGCACACUGCCUUAUUCAAGACAUAUCUUAUUACACUCCAAUUCAAAUUAAAGGUUCCAUUGAAACUAUACGAGACUUGUUUAGUAACCUAACUAGUAGUCAUUGCGGACUAGGUGUAUGUGCCAAAGCUUAUUUAAAUGGAAGUAGAAAAGGUACCAUACAUUUGUACAUGCCAGCUUCAUAUCCGAUAGGAUUUAUAGGUAGAGUUGAAUUUAUAUGGGUCGCCAACAAUUCAGAUAAAGAGCUUUGGCUAUUCAUACAUCCUUCACAUUCAAAGCAAGUGGAAUCUGUAUUGACUGAUAUUGUAAAUAAUGCAAUAUCAAAUGUGCACAAUAAAGAAAACGAAGAGAACACAAUAGCAAAAAGGAGGAAAAUAUCCACUAAAUAUUCUGAUGUACGAAUCAAAGUAAUGUCAGGGAUGUACAACAGGUUUCGUUUGACCGGCCCCAAAAGUCAUGCAGUUUUAACUCAAACACUCAAAUGUGUAAAAGACAUGAAUACUUUUAAAACAAACACGUGGUUAAAGCACAUAAAUGAAGAGAAAACACAAUUACAUUUACAAGAAAAAUCUGAUUACUGGGAUAGCGUUAGUUCUAUCAAUUCUCCAUCUCAAUUGCCACCGGGAGCUAUUGUUGGAUUGGUUGUUAAAGACCCUCGGUUGAGUCGCCCCAAACAGAGAACAAAGGCUCAUAACAAAUGUAUAGCAAAAAAUAUAGAUUCAUUACUGAGUAUACCACUUAAUGUAUCAUCUUCACCAAUAUGGAAUAAGUCAGUAUGCGACAUAAUAAAAGAAAACAAGAUUACAAAUGCCAAAUAUAUUGAUCAUAUAACUAAAACACAACUAGUACCCGGUGAAGUCACUGAAGAUGAUCCUUUUCUACAAACCAUUCCUAUUGUUUUAAUACAAAGAUCUGGAUCACAGGAAUGUAGUUACAAAAAAAUUGGAUAUGGUAGCGGAUGGGACAUAAUAAUACCUUCUGGCUACGGUUUACCAUUCUGGCUUACUUUUAUAAUGUUCAGAGCAAGAUCAGGAGGACUUCGUGAAACAGAGAGCCUUGCCUUUGAAAUGGGCGACUGUUAUAUGCCACCAGACUCUCAAGCUGGACUAGUAGAAGAAAAGAGAAUAGAAAUAGAACUCAAGGAAAAGUAUUUCAAAAGACCACCCAGCAAGAGAGUGAACUACAUAAAGCUUGCAGUUCCUAGCCCUUUUAUAUGCCCUUGGAAUGUUCUGUUAAAAGAAUGGGGAAAUGUGGAUCAAGAGAAGUUUUUUGUUUUACGUGAUAGAGUAAUAUUACAGGAGUUACAGAACUGCAUGGAACAGAAAAGGACAUUGCCUGAACUGGUUAAUUCCCAUCACUGCUUAGUCCCAGUUUACAUACAAAUUAUAGGCAAAGGGAAUUUAAAAAAGCAUGCAAUGAUAUGUAUUGCCGAUAAAAGUGAUAUUUGUUUAAAUUCAUUACUAGAGCCACUUCAUGAAGACUUCAAUUUUAAAUUGAGAAAACAAAAAAGAACUGAACACAAAUCAUAUUUAAAGCAGAUGCGGAGAAAAAGAAUAAAACUGAGAAAGAAAAAAAUACAAAAAGAGGCAAAUCAGCCAAAACCACAGAGAAAAAAUAAACAUGAGCCAUCAGAUUAUGUGAAAGCUAUGAGAGAGUUAUGGCUUCCUUCAAAUAUAGAUGCAGUUCGCAAUGUUGGCUCAAAAGAAGUGAUGGGAUAUUUGUCUCAGGGAGCAUUUAGUUUUUCUGAAGCCAAAAGCUGUGGAGUUGGCUAUGUUGCUUUUAAAGCACUCGCAAAACUUCUACAGAAUGGUGUAAACAAAGUACUUGUUCGGAAUACUACUUCAAGGAAAUAUAGAGUAGCAAAUAUACAAAUAAUUAAAUAGCAUUUACUUUUUUAUUUAUUUCCUGUGUCCACUAGUCUAUAAUACAAUAAACCUUUU